AUGUCGACUACUUUCAAGCUCAACACUGGCGCUGAGAUUCCAGCCAUCGGUUUCGGAACUUGGCAGGAUGCCGAUUCGCAGGAGGCCGCCGUCUUGGAGGCUCUCAAGGCGGGCUACAAGCACAUUGACACUGCACGGAUCUACGGAACCGAGCCGGCGGUUGGUAGCGGCAUCAAGAAGUCUGGCAUUCCGCGUGAGCAAAUCUUCCUCACGACCAAGCUUUGGAACAACGCGCACCACCCCGACGACGUCGAGAAGGCUCUUGAUGCCUCUUUGAAGGAUCUCGGAACCGACUAUGUGGAUCUCUACCUGAUCCACUGGCCGGUUGCGUUCGCUCGGGGCGACGAGGCGUUCCCCAAGGACAGCAAUGGCAAGCCGAAGACAGAGAAUAUAGACUAUGUAGACACCUACAAGGCGUUGGAGAAGGUGUACAAGAAGGGCAAGGCCAAGGCCAUUGGCAUUUCCAACUUCAGCAGGACCGAGGUUGAACGCCUGCUUAAGGAGACAGAGGUGGUUCCCGCCGUGCACCAGCUGGAGUCGCACCCCUGGCUGCAACAACGGGAUUUCUCUGACUUCCACCGGCAACAUGGCAUCCACAUCACGCACUACUCGCCUUUUGGAAACCAGAACGAGAUCUAUGGCUCCACCAUCGGCAAGCUGAUCGACGACCCGGUUCUCAACGAGAUCGGCAAGAAGUACAACAAGUCCGGCGCGCAGGUUGCUCUUGCCUGGGGUAUUGCGGAGGGCCACUCGGUGAUCCCGAAGAGCAAGACCCCUGCUCGCAUCAAGCAAAACCUGGAGGGCGACUUCAAGCUCGAGGAGGAGGACGUGAAGAAAGUUGCCAGUAUCGACAAGAAGCUGAGGUUCAACGACUCCUCGGAGAACUUUGGCCACAACUUCUUCACGGAUUUGGAUGGCAAGAAGGCCUGA